CCGUACUUCGUCAGGUGUCUAUGCCUAUACAGACAAAUACUACACGUCUCUGGAGACCUCUCGACUGCCGAUUCAAGCGUCAAGAGCUAUCUCACCCUAUCAUUGACGUCUUCAACGAGUAUCCCCACGGCUCAGCCAAGCAGAGUCUUGCCCGUUGUUGCCUCUAACGUCAACGUCAUUAUUUCUGAAUAUUCCUUAGCGCAACACGACUUUUCCAGCGAAAAGCGAUGGCAUCAGCAACAGAAACUUCCGCUCCUGCCGAGACUUCUGCCCAGAGUCGUGGACGGGGUGCGGCCAACGCAAGAGGAAGAGGAAGGGGAGGAGGAGGUCGUGGCCGCGGCCGCGGUCGGGGCAAUGCCAAUGCAUCAAACGGACGGGGAGGCGAGAGAUCUCAAGGUCAGAGGGGGGGUGGCAAUGCUGGUCGCGACGGAAGAGGAAGAAGCAAUACAUCCACUUCAGGCCCAGCGUCUGGACCGUUACCCGAGAACAGCCUUCCAGCAACUCAAGUCCAGCCCACGAUUGGCGGUAACAACGACGAAGGGGAGGAGGAUGUAGAAGCAGAGGUCUGCUUCAUAUGCGCAAGCCCAGUCAUACACCAAUCGGUGGCGCCUUGUAAUCAUAGGACAUGUCACAUCUGCGCAUUGCGUAUGAGGGCCCUAUAUAAGAAUAAGGAAUGCGCGCAUUGUCGAACAGUUGCAUCAUUUGUCAUAUUUACCGAUGACGCUGUAAAGCGAUACGAAGACUACUCCGAUCGUGACGUGACCAGCACUGACGAUAACAUCGGCAUUCGGUACACAAACGAAGAAAUAGUCGGAGAUACCGUUUUACUUCUACGAUAUAACUGCCCCGAUACAUCGUGCGACUUUGCGGGCCUAGGUUGGCCCGAUCUACAUCGCCAUGUUCGCAGCACACACAAUAAGAAGAUGUGCGAUCUGUGUACGAGGAACAAGAAGGUCUUCACACACGAGCACGAACUCUUCGCCGACAAAGAACACGAGAAACAUAUGCGCCAUGGCGACGACCAACCGGGUGCCGUGGAUCAGACUGGAUUCAAGGGCCACCCACUUUGCGCCUUUUGCGGAUCACGGUUCUAUGAUAGCGACAAGCUUUAUGAACAUUGCCGCAACAAGCACGAGCGCUGUUUCCUAUGUGAUCGUGAAGAUCCGAGACAGCCACAUUAUUACAGAGACUACAAUUCCUUGGAGGAGCAUUUCAAGACUGGUCAUUACCUCUGUCCAGACCGCGAAUGCCUGGAGAAAAAGUUUGUUGUUUUUGGAUCCGAGAUGGACCUGAAAGCCCAUCAAUUGAGCGAACAUGGCAGCACUCUGUCUAAAGAUGUGAGGCGCGAGGCUCGUCUGGUUGAUUUAUCCGGAUUUGACGUUCGUGAGAGAUACCAGCAACAACAGCCAAGGAGAGGUGGUGGAUCUGGUAGAGGUAGAGAAGGCCGUGGAAGAGGGCGAGAUCCAAAUGCCGAGCCACUCCCGCCGAGCUCGGCCCAACCUCUUCGUCGAGAUGAAAUUUCCCUCCAGCGUCAAAUGGCGAUACAAUCGUCACAAUCUGUGUCCAACCGUACCUUUGGCGGCCAGCUUUCAUCAUCCUCCACAGCAGGCCCUUCUUCAGCUGCUUCGACUCAGGCGAGUCCUCGAAACACCGAUACAUCAAAUGCUAGACCUACCGCACCUGCUGCGGAAUUGGCGGGCCUGAGUUUGACAGAUCCAAACCUGUCUCCCGAGGACCGCGCUCGCCUAAUGCGCCAUUCGGCCGUCAUCGAGCGAGCCUCGAAUCUCCUGCACAACGACAAAGCCAGGAUAGACAAAUUCCGCACCCACAUAUCAUCCUUCCGACAGGACAAACUCGCCGCCCCGGCCUUCAUAGACGCCCUCUUCUCCCUCUUCGCCGACAUCUCGUCGUCGGCCCUGGGGACACUCGUCCGAGAGGUGGCGGAUCUCUUCGAGGACAAGGCGAAAGGUGAUAGAUUGCGCAAGUCCUGGAACGACUGGCGAGCUAUCAACGAGGAUUAUCCGACACUUCCCACACUCGGCGGCAUGCGCGGCGCGACGACGGCGAGUAGUGGGUGGGCGGCUGCUGCGUCUGCUAGUUCGGGACCUGCGGUGUCGAGUGCGCCUGCGAAUCAAAGACAACAUACGACUCGUGUCCUGAAAUUGAAGAAUUCCACGCAGCAGUCCCGAAGGUCGAGUGUCGAGCAUCCGUCUGUGUUGUUCUCGGGUGGACAACAACAGCAGCAGCAGCAGCAGCAGGCUAUCAGUCGACAGGCGCCAGCAAAUGCUGCUUUCCCUUCAUUACCGACUCCUGCGGGUUCCUCUUCCUCUUCUCGGCCUCCUUCUGGUGGUGCUGCUUUAUGGGGCGCUUCACCUUCAAUAUCUACACCGAGGAGUUCGACACCAGCUCAAAGAGUUAAUAACACUCGAUCCACUGGUAAUGGUGGUAGUGGGAAUGCAGAAGCUUUCCCGGCCUUGCCUGCUGCGCCCAAGCCCACGACUACGAUCUUUGGAUAUGGUACCGGGAGAGGUGUUAGGAGGGAUUUCAUGGGACAAGGUAGGGAUACCGGGUUUAGUUGGGGGUCGAGUGCGGCGGCUGGGGGAGAGGGGGGAGAGGGUGAGGGAGAGGAAGGAGGGGAUGAGGUUGGGGGGAAGGGAAAGGGGAAGAAAGGGCGGAAAAAAGUGUUGGUGCAAUGGGGAUGAUGAUGGGUAUGUGUGUGUGUGGAAGAGAGAAAGAGAGAGAGAGAGAGAGAUGAGAAGGAAGAGAAAUUGCUGUGCAUGUUAAGUUUACGUAUGAUGUGUGUAUGGUUACUUCCAACAAAAGCAAAGGAAUGGGAAGGGAAGGGAAGCGUGGUGUGCAUGUCAUGUUGGAAUACCUGUCGUAUCGUAUCAAAU